AUGACGCUCUCCAAAAUUGACAAGCAGGCCUACGUCGCCAGCGCCAUGUUAGCAGCUGCCAAAGCUCAGCGUCAGGCCCGCGCCAACAGAACCCCAGCCAUGGCCCUCCGCGCCCACGUCGCAAGCAACACCAUCCCCACCGACAUGGACGUCAUCGAAGCCUUUCGAUUCAAGUGCGUCUUCACAAUGGCCGACAGACGCAACCUCCUCAUCCUCUACCGCCACCUCGUCCUCGACCACGGCGUCUCCACCGCCGCCAUCCAGAGCUGGAUCGCUGAGGGCAAGGAGACCAUCACCGCCCGCAUCGAGGAGCUCUUCCGACCGCAUCGCGACAAGGUACCCCCCGUCCGCUCAAUCAUGGCGGAGAAGUGGUACCGCAAGAAUCCCCACGUCUUUGACCAUAUCGGCGGCAGCCGCACCGCGGAGGAGAGAGAAAAAGACACGGUUCUCCAGGCGAUCCUCUGCGGUGCCACGCCCGCGGAGAGAAUGGCUGGCGGCUUCGGUGCUACUCGUGAGGUUGAGACGCAGAUGCGCCUUGUGGAAGCAGAUAUCAUGGCGCGCGCGGAUAAGGGGGAGCAUAUUGCCUACCUCAUCAGCAGGCCACAGAUGGUCGACGAGGCGGUUGUCUUCGCCCCUUGCAACAGUACCCACGAGGACAAGCUGCCGGCGGAGAUUAAAAUUGUUGAGAUGACUCCUGAUGGCAUGUGUACCGGCGUGCUCCACGUGGCCGCGUCUCUUGACGAGGCCAAGGAGUAUGCUACGGAUGCGUACUACGAGGCGGAAAGAAUGAAGCGGGAGGGAAAGCAAGCUGCCGACGGCAAGUGCAAGGGCAAGGCGGGUGAAGAGAAGGCUAACCCUAAGAUCGAGGCCAAGGCCAAGCAUGAGCUUGAUUGUAUCGAGGGCAUGGUCUCCUCACUCAAGAUUGAUGAUGUUGAUUGA